AUUCAUCCGAACCAGUCGUAGGACGUGCUAGCGAUCUCGAUAUCCAAUUCUUUCAGGUGUUGUUGCAAGAAGGUAGAGGCUGUACUUCGAAAGGAUUUUUUAGCUGUAGGUAGACAGUUCGAUAUUAGCUUUGGCCGAAUAGAUCGAAUGUUCGAAGCGGAGAGUUCGCGGUCUGCAGCUGAGAAGAUUUCGACAGGCGAUUCACCGAAAAGUCCGAUUAUCAAAUUGAUCAGUCUGUUCGGGACUUGGCUGGCAGGAACAGACAAACUCUCAGGGAUGCUAUUUAUCAGGAAAACCAUGGCAGCAAUCAGGGCAUUGCUGAAGAAGCGUAAACUUUUCUAUCUCAAGGAUCACGAGGUGGCCAAACGAGGCUCCAAGACCACCAAGAAUGCUAAGCCAGAAGGCCAGGAGCAAAGCUCUCAUGAGAAUUGGCUUAUUCUCCUCACCGAUGGCUUGGAAGAAGUUAGUAAAGUGUCGUCUUACGAGGAGAACAGCCACGAACAGAUUCUCUAUUUGGUGUUGGACAGCAUAGGACUCCUCAGAUUUCUGACUGAUGUCUGGCAAUGGCAAGAGGUGGACGUCUGCCAGGAUUUUGUGUAUUAUUGGGAUCACAAAACCAAGACGACCACCGCCAAUGGCAUUCAGAUUGAUGCUAGUUACAAACAAUUCCUGGAAUUGACAGGGUUGGAAGGUGAACACUCUGGUCAAGCUGGGUCAUCGUAUUCUGAGAAACAAGGAGAGGAGGGGAAGAAAGGAACCUCGGUCUACAAGACUGAUGAGCAGGUUCCCAUCUCGCAGUCACUCCGCAAUGAUCCAGUUCUACAGUCCUUACUUCUGUUGCUAAAUCGGACCCUUUGGUUUGCUAGAAAACAAUCCUACUGCCCUACCAAGGACAUGGUGUACCUCCUCGUCCAGUCCAUGAGAGGCCAUAAGCUGGACUGGAGUAGAUGCGUAUACGAGAAGUUCAUUUGUGAGAUUAGAGAAUUACAAGACCGCCAUGAGAAUCAUCCGGAUGAACGUCUCGAAACUUUGGCCGGCCCACUGAUGUGUUUUCUGUAUGCUCAUGCAAAAGACAGUGCCGAAGGCCUGCAGGAAGAUAGGGAUGACCGUGGCAGCGGCAGGACCAGUUCCAAAGAGAAGAAUCUGUAUGAGUACGAUGAUGGUGAUGUAGUCUCGUCUGACUUGCCCUCAAGAACACUGAAGCUACCAUAUCCAUCGAGUUCCAUGCUCGGUAAACGACGUGCCGAUGAUUAUAACCUGGCGACUAAUGCACACGAGCUGGCAUCCAAGACUCAGGAGGACGUUCAAAACCAUGAAAUUGCAACGACCGUGGAGGAGGAGAUUUCCAGCAUGCUCGCUGUUGGAGAAGGGAUCCAAGUCACGGAGGACGUGUGGAACAGGCUGAAUAAAGCCUUCGAGGAACAAAAGCACAGGCAGGAAUGCUUCAAGUCACACUUGAGGCAGAGUUGGAAACGAGUGAUGCGAUCUGAAUGCGAAUUCGGUUGCUGUCAGUGAACACGACAACAUCCGAUAGACUGCUAUGGGAACUCAGCUUUUGUACCAGUGGUUGUAAGAUAGGACAACGUUGUGAUUGGGAGUGGUGAUAUAAUUGAGACUUGUUCAUGGAAACAUCGCAAGAAGUAGAUUGUCGGAGCGAAAUGUGCUCAAAGAGGACUACAAGAUUCCUCUGUGAGGGCUUAUAGAAUGUACAGUCUUCAGAAAGUGCUAAAUGUACGUCGUAGAGUUACAGGCGGAUUGAAAUUAAUUAUAGUUUUUUUAGGGAAAACCCCUUAAGAAAAGAAUGGGGAAGACAGAAAAAGAAAAUAGCAAAGCAGUGCUCUGGAUACUAGGCAUAGUGUACUAGGCGGCGUCGCUCUGAAUGUUAGACAUGAACAAUGUGAUUCUAGACUGUUGCAACUGAUGCAAAAAGGACUGCAAGAUUUCGAUGUGAGGUCUUGUAGAAUGUUCAGGCUUAGGAACUGCUAAACGUACGUCGUAUAGUGUCAGGCAGAUUGGAAGUCUUUUUAUUUAUUUAUUUAUUUUAUUGAAUCCCCAAAAAAGAAAAUAAAAUAGCAAAGCAGGACCCUAGAAUAGUGUAGUAGGCGUCGCUGUGAAUACUAGACAUGAAAAAUGUAAUGAUGAACUGUUGCAAUAUAUAUAUAUUUGGCCUCUGAGAUUCAUCCAGCCGCUCCGUG